AUGGCGGACCUGCCGGAUACCUUCGACCGCCCGGUCCACAUCGCCGUGAUAGGUGGCACGGGGCUCUACAAGAUCGACGGCUACAAGCCCAUCGCGCGCGUGAACCCCUCGACGCCGUGGGGGUACCCCUCGGCGCCGAUCCUGAUCCUCGAGCACGGCGGCGUGCCGGUGGCCUUCCUGGCGCGGCACGGCGCCCACCACGAGUUCGCGCCCCACGAGAUCCCCGCGCGCGCCAACAUCGCCGCCCUGCGCCAUAUCGGCGUGCGCUGCGUCGUCAGCUUUUCUGCCGUCGGCUCGCUGCAGGAGGAAAUCAAGCCCAUGGACUUCGUCGUUCCCGAUCAAGUGAUCGACCGCACCAAGGGCAUCCGGCCCUUCACCUUCUUCGAGGGUGGCCUUGUGGGCCACGUCCCGUUUGGCGACCCCUAUGAUGACAAGAUCGCCCAGGUCGUGCGGAAGUGCGCGCAGAGCAUGCAGGGCGACGGCGUCGUGCUGCACCGCAAGGGGACUGCUAUCUGCAUGGAAGGUCCCCAGUUCUCGACGCGCGCCGAGUCGAACCUAUACCGGUCGUGGGGCGGGUCCGUGAUCAGCAUGUCGCUGCUGCCCGAGGCCAAGCUGGCGCGCGAGGCCGAGAUGGCCUUCCAGGUCAUCUGCAUGGCGACCGACUACGACUGCUGGCACACGACCGAGGACGUCGACGUCAGCAUGGUGAUGAAGUACAUGGAGAGCAACAGCGCCAACGCGCGGCGCCUGGUCGGCGCCGUGCUGGACGAGCUGUGCCGCGCCGAGAGCUCCGACCUCGUCACGGCAAAGCACUGGGAGGGCGCCAGCAAGGGCGCCGUCAUGUUCUGCACCAAGCCCGAGGGCCGCAGCCCCGAGGCGCUGAAGAAAGUGCAGUAUCUGUUCCCGGGCUUCUUGGCCGAGUGA